CAGGCGACGAGGCUGAGUGUAUUAUCUCCUUCAGGCAUAGUUAGCUGGGACUCUUGGUUUUUGGGCGCAUGUGUCUGACCCCCGAGCAAGAUCCGAAGAUAUGAAGCUUAAGGCCAGUCCAGUUCCUGGUUACUUCCGUCCGAACAAACUUUACAGUAUACCUAUGCCAUGUCUGCUUACGGGGUUAUCAACAGACCACAAAGGACAUCGUAUUUGCCCACUACGUUAUGGGAUAGUCCCCGAGUAGAGCCAGAUCUCGGGACCCCAUCUUUCGUGACCAUACACCACAUCGAUCGGGCCGCGGUGGAGCGCGUCCAAACUGGUCUAUUUAACUACCUCUACUCCACCUUUGUGAAUGAAGUCAACAAAGGCUUAACGUAUCCACAAGAAGACAUCAGCGAUCCCGCAGCAUUCGGAGCAUACUUCUUCGGCGGAGAUGUACUCGUCGGAAUCGCUGGCAAAGGUGAUCCUCCCGCGAUUAAGAGCGAACUUGAAGAGCGCGGGGUGCGGGAGAUCGAGCAAAGUUUAGAUGUUGCAAGAAACGGGCGGACAUGGGAGGAGUGUGUCGCAGGGUUUUACUACGUAAAACCCAACUACCCUGGGCGAUCUUCUCAUAUCUGUAAUGCAGGAUUUAUGGUCCCCCCGUCCCAACGUGGCAGUGGUUAUGGGCGUAUCCUCGCUAAAUCAUAUCUUUACUAUGCACCAGCGUUGGGAUACAAGGCAAGCGUGUUUAACCUAGUGUAUAAUAAUAACGUCGCCAGUGUUAAGUUGUGGGAAGCACUGAACUUCACGAAAGCCGGACUUAUACCCAAGGCUGGUCGUCUGAAGCGGAUGGACGGGGAGGGCGAGGAAUAUGUUGAUGCGAUCGUCUUCUAUAAGAGUUUCGAAGAAACAUGACCAGAGACAGAUGAUCAGUGAUCAGAUAACAGUCCUACGACGGAUAUGUAGUCCUGUAGUCAUGAGCCAAAGUCUAAAUGUUGCUCACGGAGCUCGCAGAUUGAUGCAAAGAAGCUUGAACAUAUGAAGACACCUGAAACGAUGAUCACGAGGCACCGCGACAACUAACUC